CAACAAUGUCUGAAGUGGGAUGCUGAGGAGAGAAGAGAACGCUGCUUCCCUAGGGCAUGAGAUCUGGCAGCGUGCAGAUCCAAGAAGGACCAAGGUUUCCAUCUGGGCCCACAGUCACCUCUGGGUGUAACCGAAAGGAGCUCUUGAAGAGACGGAUGAAAAAGAAAAUGGCUCUCCAGACGCUGGAUGACCCUUUUCCCGAUCCCAAGAGGUCAGAAUGCCAGCUCACAGCCCUGUGGAACUUGCCAGGUCCGACUGCCACCCAGGUCCCGAAAAUCGGCUUGAAGCCAAACGGGAAGCAAAAGCAGUUUGGGGCUUCUGAGCAGCUCCUGUGUGUGAAGAUCCCAGAGGGGGACCUGAGCCAGAAACACAGCCAGCUCUUCUGGGGUCUCCCCUCCCUGCACAGCGAGUCCAUCAUGACUACUCUCCUGGUCCCCGUGAGCAGCUACUCACCAGAGCCUUGCCUCGUGUUGUUCAAUGGGGUCUGUAAGGCUGCUACAGCCCCAGUCCUGAGUCAUGGUCUCCAAGCCCUUCCCCAGUCCCUCACCUUGGUCCAACCUCAACCUUUUCCUAAGUUAGCUCCCCAGCCUCUGACUCUUUCUGAGGGAAAGCCCCAGGCCCACACGCAAUCCCCACUGUCUGCCAUGGUGUUGCCAGCUAUACCCUGUGGAGGGGAUAGUUACCUCCAGAUACCACAGAGCAAGCCUGUCUCCAACGCCCUAAGCAGGAAAGGACACUUACAAUGCCACUUUCUGCAGAAUCCUCAGGGCUGUUUGUGGGAUUUGGUCCCUGAAUGCCAGCAAUAUGAAACCACCUUUCUUCCGGUUCACGGUUUCCCCCUGGGCAGCCAGCCUCCCCAGGCCUGUGUCUCCAUCCCUGGGUCUGGCCUUUUUCAUUUGAGCAGUGAACAUCAGAACAACGUGGACCCUUAUGGAUCAAACAACCUAAUCCCACUCUGUUGCUUCGCACCUUGUGAUGGGACAGGAACGCUGGAAGUGAUGGACGCUCAGUUCAAACCAACCGAAGCACCUUCCCAUGGCUACAAAUGCGCUAGGCCUCAGUGCUGUGCACAGUGGGGCAAUAUCUGCGCUGACCCCAGGCCUGGAGAACUAAGUCACUUGGAAAAUUUUUGUGUGAGGGUUCCCAUGAAGCCACAGCUAAGAAAGGAUGUAGCCAAGAACCUCGGCCAAAUCCUAGGAAAAUGCCCAUUAGACUGCCCACAAGUGAUCUCAGGAUGUUAUAUACUGGACAAGGCUAUCCCUGAGACAGAGGGGGAAUUGGCAUGUCACCCAAGGACUGGCUUGGAAAACGGACGGUUUAGCAUCUCAAGGAAGAACUUGGACCAAAGAUACACGAGAAGCAUCCUGAGGUUACACAUGAGCAGGAAGUACUGGCAGAUCACUAUGAAUCGGAUCCCCAUCGUGGUGUGCUGCUCAUGGCUGGCUGAAGACGCAUCUCUCUGGAGCUCACCCCCGGGAAAGAUCCACUGCGAUACCACUCUUCCAGAAAUAUCUUUUCUUGAUCUCAAGACCCAGAAGAUGCUGGAAGCCCAUCUCAUAAGGUUCCGCGUGAGUCAGCAGUGGGGCCUCCCUAUCAAGGUUAUUGAAUCCAUAAAAUUCUAUAUUUUGAGAGAAGCAAAGACAUGGCCCCUUCCACAGUUUGAUCUCCCCUUGUCGUUAAGCAGUAUUCCUGGCCUGGAUUUGAAAAGUAACUUUCCCAGUCCCUUCAGGGGAAGCUUUGACCCUCUCCAUGGAGACUCAGUCCUUACCGCAGACCACUCUCUCACCCUCUCACACGUAGACCCUGAAGGAGAGGGGUCCCUGAGGCGGUCGGUCUCUGGCCCUGCCUCUGAGGUUACAGAGACAGUCCAGAUGGUUCAGAAUUACAGGUCCAGAGACCUGGACGUGAAUCAGAGCGAGGCCUCCCUACAAGGCUGCCCCAUACAGGGUCAGCCCACAAAGGAAGAAGUGGCUAGGUCUGAAUCAGAGGAUGAGGUGGCAUGUUCUUCUCAUCUACACUCCUCUAGCAAACAGAGUGUAGAACUGCAUCCAAAGUACAUGGUGACACCCGACAUGCUCAAGGAGAGACUCAAGGCCCGGGAGGUGAGUGCUGUUCUGUCAGGGUCUUCUUCUAGCACCAAUUCGGAAAGUUCCGUGAAGAAGUAUGAAGAUGUGAGUAAACCGAGCUCUACAGUGGCCAAGGGGCAGGACCCAUCAAGGACAUCAGUUCCUGAAGAUCCAACAGUGUUGGACUUUAAGGAAGAGCUGUUUAAGGAGCUAAGGUCGACGUUGGAGGAUCAGCCGCAAAGCCAGCCUGAAGGCUGGGGGAGCAGGUCAUCCUUUGCCACAGACAGCUUCUCCGGCUACUCACCUUCUUCUUCCAACACUGCGUCCAGUGUAGACCUCUCCAUUCUCAGGGACGUGCAAGGCCACAUGUAUAACGCAGGAAUCAGUGUGGCUCCAUGGCAGGAGCCCAGGGUCUUCAAACAGAUCCUAAAGAAUUUCACACCAGCGUUGCCAGUCUUCAGGAAAGAAAAUGAUAGACAUGACCCUCAGGAAUUAGAGACAUCCAAAGCAAGAAAGAAGAGCCAACCCAUGAAGGAGAAAUCAGACAGGAAGGAACAUCCCCCUGCCAGUUACUUCAGAAAAAAGAUAGGACAAUUUUUUCAGUGGCUUUAUUCCAGCAAAGACAGUACAAGACAUAGAUCGGAGAAAGACAGGGCUCUCUUUAUGAGCUGUGGGCCCCCUGAAGCCCACGAGCUCAUGGCGUCCCUUGGGAAACUCCUGGAAGAUAAGCUGUUGUGUGGACAGAAAUCUGAGUUCCUGGAAUGGAGCCAGAAGACCCUGUCGGCUCAGCCAGAGCUCAAGGGACAACCUUCCAACCUUGGGGCUGCUGCUGCCCUUCAUAAAGAAGAAGCAAAUAACUGCUCCUGUCCCCAGACAGCCAUCACCCCUGAUCCAAGUCAUGAGAUGAGCCUUAGACGGAGACCGCAACAUGUAUCUUUUGAGCACUCUCCCUCGGCUCCAGAGAACCUUAGUUCUGUUCAGGCUCCCCUCGCAUGAAGGUACGUCCUAUACCCCCCCGCUCCCCACAUCUGCCACAGGCAUGGUGACUUUUCACCUGAACCUUCUGUAGAAAGGGUGAAGGAAAAAAGCUCCCACGAUGGAAUCUAGUCUUUGUUUAAAGUUUUGUUUUUGUUUUUGUUUUUUUUUUUUUUUUUGAAAAUACUUUCAGAGCCAUACACCCUGUGAUGAGAAUUAAUCUAUUUAACAAAACCAAGAAUAAAUGUUUUUUUUUUCUGAUA